AUGCCACCAAAGUUCGACCCAACUGAGAUCAAGAUCGUGUACCUUCGUUGUGUCGGAGGAGAAGUCGGAGCCACAUCCGCUCUUGCCCCAAAGGUCGGACCCCUCGGAUUGUCGCCAAAGAAGAUCGGAGAAGACAUCGCCAAGGCCACCCAAGACUGGAAGGGUCUUAAGGUCACCUGCAAGUUGACCAUCCAAAAUCGUGUCGCCAAGAUCGAUGUCGUCCCAUCUGCUGCUUCGCUCAUUGUCAAGGAGCUUAAGGAGCCACCACGUGACCGCAAGAAGGUCAAGAACGUGAAGCACAAUGGAGACCUCACCAUUGACACCAUUAUCAAGAUCGCCAGAAUCAUGAGACCAAGAUCCAUGGCCAAGAAACUCGAAGGAACCGUCAAGGAGAUCCUCGGAACCGCUCAAUCAGUCGGAUGCACCAUCGACGGACAGCACCCACACGACAUCAUUGAGUCGAUCGCCAAUGGAGAGGUCGAGAUCCCAGCUCAAUGA